GUGUCAUUGUAAACAAUUUCAGCCCCACCUUUUCUUGACAUGUCUUCAAUAUGGCGAGUUUGAGUGAGGAGAAGAUUACUCUUUUCAAUUUUGAGCACCCAAAGUUUAAGGAGACUCGAUAUGUGCUAACCAGCCCGAGAUCUUUACGAGCCUGUGCAAACUUGGGACUAAAACCCUCAGAAUUGCUGCCUCAGUCAUUGGACGAGUUUAGUGUAUCAGAGCAAACGAGACCAUUAAAAGGCUCUUAUUUGACUGCUGCUUAUGAAAACUUUGAGAGAGAAAGAAGGACUAAGCUACUGAAAGCAAGGAAGGAAAGACACAGGAUAGCCAGUAACAUGCAAUCAGACUCAAACGGAGUUUCAAGAAGCAUCACUCAGCCUGCACCAGUUGGUUCAUCAUUACUUAAAGACUCGACCGGCAGGGAGUCCGAGUUCUUCCAAUUUGUUCAGCACCCACCAGCAACUGCUGCACAUUAUAUACCAGUCAAAGAUCAAAAAAUACUUAAUGGUCUUAUGAUAAGGAGGGAGCAAGAAUUGUCUGGAGGAAUCAACUGUUUGUCUAAUUCACUCAAACAAGAGAGAGCAUUAUCAAACAAAGAAAUAUUAGAUGAGACGAAACAUUUUAAUAUAAAAAUGAGAAAUGCUACCAAGGAGACAGAAUUUAAGAAAAACAAAUCAUUCCUUGAGGAAGAGAGCAGGCUAAAAGAAGAACGUUUAAAAGCAAUGGUGAGACACAAGGAUGAGAAAGCAGAAUCCAACAUAGAAAUGCAGCAAAGCAUACGAAGAGAUAAAGAAAGAUGGAGAAAGGAAAAGCAGAGAUUGAAGGAGAUUCAAGUCAGAUUAAAAACAGCAAGCAUGGCAGCUGAGCUUGAAGACUGGUGUCAUCAUGUUGACAAACAGAACAGAACUAGCAUCACUAAAGCAUCUGAAGCAAGCCAGAGACAGCUCCUUCAAAAGAAAUACCAUCUUCAACAGAAGCGACACGAGAAGGAGAUGAAUCACAGCAAAGCAAUGAAGAAACUAAGCAGGGAGGAAGAAAAAGCCAGAGAGUACAGUGUAAAAGAAAUUGCCACUAAGUAUGAGAGAAUGGAUAGCAUUGCUAAGCAAAAAGCUGAAGAACUAUCACAAUCUCUUAUGAUUGCACAGCACACUGCUCAGCUCCGAGACUCAAUUAAAGGAAGCUACUUAUCUGCAAACUUAUUUAAGGAAGGAGAGAAACAUGCGAGACAGUACACAGCAUUAGAGGGAACGAGCAAGAAGAGACUAAGACACAGUUGGGAUCCUAUUCACCAUCAGUCUACUGUUGUACUAGGAUAAAUGAUCUCUAUAUCACGCCUCCAAAAUCAUUCGUAACAAAAUGCUGUAAUUUCUAAACAAAGAACAAAAAUAAUUAUGUGUAUUAAUGUAUUAUAAAGUAUUUUAGAAAAAAAUUAAUAACUAAAAAAA